GUGGCAUUGGUUGUCAGUACCAAUUUGGACGUAUCAGCCUUUUGAAAAAAAUCAUCAGUUUUCAACGGGAUUUGUAAUAGCAAAAUCACGCUAAAAUGACUUAAACUCCGGUACAAUGAAGUGCUGUAAGAAAAAGAACAAUACAGACAAAACAUACAGGUACAAAGAGCAAGACCUCCCAGAGAUCUUCCGCACAUGCCGCCCCCCACCGCCACCCCCCGGCGAAGAACUGUGGGAGUUGCAGUUCUGCCGAUGGUGGGGAUGGAACUGGGUGAAGAAGAAGGACGAACUGGGCGUGGCUGCCGCUAUGAGGGCGGGGCCAAGAGUAUCGAUAGAGGAGGAGCCACAGCCCGGCAUGCGGCAGAGCGAGGAGCACGGUGGGAAUAUGAGGAAGCGGUGCUCGCCCACGAUGUGUAAUAACGAAAGACAGAUGAUGAUUACGAAUAGGUCGCCAUAUGAGAGGAAGGUGCAAAAGAAGCACAUUAAACAGCUCUGCAAUUGUUUAUGCUUUAAGAAGAAACCUCAAGGAACGCCAAGUAUCCAAAACAUGUACUCGACUCCAUCGAACAGCGUGAUCCUACAUGAAACAUACACUUGUGGCGUGAUACAUAACCAGGAUUCUGUCGCACGUUUGGAGGCUGAAAGAAAUAUAUCUAGGAAGGGUAGAAGAGAAUCGUGUAGAUGUAGAUCUGCAGUAGCUCAUCCAUGGUUCAAUAAGGUUAAAGAAGAGUCUGAAAGCAGCCAUGAAGGUUAUGUCGGAGGCUGUCAAUGCUGCUGUGCAAAAGCCAAUAAAUCUUCCACUGAGGAAAGCAUCGAAAUACUAAACGUACGUAUAAAACACAUCAUAUCUGCCACUGACUGUCCAUGUCACAAGCACUGAUGUUUCAGAUACAGUGUCAGUGCUGCUGUAAGUCCCAAUCAAAAUCGCCUCCGAAACCGCGGAUAAACAAUGGCCAAACUCAGACAUGUCCUGGUCAAAAGGCAGAAAUGGUCCAGACAGCUAUCUGCGGUUGCGUAGGCGCCACCCAAACCCAAAACAUGAAGCAAAUAAAAUCAACGAAGAAAAAGAAAAUCGUCGUGUGCUGCCACUGCUGCUGUCAUUGCAUCAGGGAUGACGCUGGAGGAGAAGACGACAAAGUUCAAGUGAAUCGUAGUAACUGGGACAACGUCAAGGCUGGAGAUGAUAGACCGUGCUUCUGCAUACAAGCUGCUAACAACCAGAACGCCCCAUCUAAACGGUUACCCUCUAAAGAGCAAUAUACGAGCUGUGACUAUAACGGUAUCACAUGCAAUACUGGAGAGAAAGCAGCCGAGAACGAGUAUGGCGUAUACCAAGGUACUACCAGACAAGAAAAGAUGAAUCCAGCACACUUGAAGCAAUUCAAGCCAUGGGACGCGUCUCUUUAUCAGCAAAAACAAUUCCCGAAGUACGGCGCCCCGUCGAAGAAGUACCCUUGGGUGCAACGUACCAGCUCGGACAUCUUGGAUAAGUAUUACAAGUUGAAGAUCAGCGAGGAAUUUUCUAGUCCAGUCACAGGCAAGACCUACAACCUCUCGCCCAUUGAACCCCUUAGCCUAGAUGGGGAAAGCAUAAGAUGCUCACUCCCCGAACCAAUUGAGGUAUCAGAGGACAUCGAAUAUUUGGAAAAACUAGAAAGCAACGCAAAACACAACGACAUUCCAUCGCGGAUCAUGUUAAACGCUAUGUGUGACGCCAUUUUGUACAACAACAUCGAUGCCGAAUGUCCCAGCAUGCUUUUGAGCGAGUUCACUUACCUGGACAAGGCGGCUGGGGGAUGCUCGGAAAACAAUUGUUUCUCGUCGAAGUCGGUGGAUUUACCCAGCGAUAAUUUGACCAAUGGUACUAAGACUCAAGCUGCGGAUGAGACUGUUAUUAAGCAACAGGUUGAAGAUACCGUAAAGAAACUGAUGCAGGAGAAAGAAGAGAGGCUGAGCGGUGCUGAUAACACGUUUAAGCAGCACAUGGACCGUCUGGGACUUCAAAAAGAAUUCCAGCAAGAAGACGGAAAAGACCACCACACCACACCAGGCUGUACCAAUAACUUUGGGUCGAAGCAACAUUGCUGUUUCCGUGAAGACGAGGAACAUACAAUCACACCAAGAGUCCACCCUUCGUUCACAAAAACAGGUCUUCUACCAUCUGUCUGUCCGUACAAGAGAUCUGCUUCCCCAGCAAGAACUGGCCAAGGGAAGAAAUCCAGAACUGGUCAAGUGAAGAAGUCCAGACCGUGUUUUAAUGGUGAAGAUAGCAUGGUCCAGAAUGUGAACGCUCUGCUGGAUAAGAUCGACGAGAUUGCCGUCAGAAGUCAAGAGAAUGACCUAAAGGUUCAAAGUGUGCUGAAUUCUAUUGGGAAUCCGGAUCAGUAUCACUUGGAGCAAACGAGUGAGCUUCGCAGUGAAGCUAGCAUUUCAGCAGAAAUAAGCUCGAGCGACAUCUUCCGCAAAAUCGACGAAAUAGUCCAGCGAAGUCAACUGAACAACAACAAAAUCCAAACCGUCCUGAACACCAUACCGAAAAUGUCAACUACCAAUCCGAGGGAGUUUGUCGUUAAUCAAGCCCCUCCUUGCAUUUCCAGUGAUGAUUGUGGCGUUAUGAUGACAGAAAAAUUGAGUUCCAUCUCCGAAGUGACGAAUGAAACUGCCGAGACGAAAGUUGAGCCGAUCUCAAGCGCGAAACUGGACGUUUCGAACAGGGACGGGAACACCAAGAAAAAGAAGAAACGAGGGUCACUCAAGUCGUUAAUUCCUAUUAAGCAGAAACCUAAAAAUAAGUAACGUGUACUCGAGUGGAAUAAAGGUCCUUUGUGAUGAUAGAUAUUUAAGU